AGAUUUUCUCUCACUUCACAUCCACUCACUCAUAAAAUCACUCCAAGUGGUGCAUUUGCCAAGUAAUCUUGAAAAGCAGCACUUGUUUUCUCACUCUCUCCAGCGAGCUUUAUAGAAGGGAAAGAGAGAUGGCAGCUGCAACAUCUGGUGCUGUUUUAAAUGGAUUGGGAUCUUCAUUCUUCUGUGGAGGGAAAAGGAGCCAAACCCUUCUGGCCACUGCCAUUGGAGGCAAAGUUGGUGGUGCUGUUACCCCAAGAAGAUUCAUUGUUGCAGCUGCAGCUGCACCAAAGAAGUCAUGGCUCCCUGGUGUUAGAGGUGGUGGGAAUUUCGUUGACCCAGAAUGGCUUGAUGGAUCGCUACCGGGUGACUAUGGUUUUGACCCUCUAGGCCUUGGUAAGGACCCAGCAUUUCUCAAAUGGUACAGAGAAGCUGAGCUGAUUCAUGGAAGGUGGGCAAUGGCUGCAGUUGUUGGCAUAUUUGUGGGGCAGGCAUGGAGUGGAAUUCCAUGGUUUGAGGCUGGAGCUGAUCCCAGUGCUAUUGCUCCUUUCUCCUUUGGUACUCUUUUGGGAACACAGUUGCUUCUCAUGGGGUGGGUUGAGAGCAAGAGAUGGGUGGAUUUCUUCAAUCCAGACUCACAGUCAGUGGAGUGGGCCACUCCAUGGUCAAGAACUGCUGAGAACUUUGCAAAUGCCACAGGUGAUCAAGGCUACCCAGGAGGCAAAUUCUUUGACCCCUUGGGCUUGGCUGGAACCAUCAAGGAUGGGGUUUACAUUCCUGAUAGAGACAAGCUAGAAAGAUUGAAAUUGGCUGAGAUUAAGCAUGCCAGGAUUGCUAUGUUGGCUAUGCUCAUUUUCUACUUUGAGGCUGGACAAGGGAAGACCCCCCUUGGUGCUCUUGGCUUGUAAAUUAAACCAAUUCAUGUAGAUAAUUGAAUUGAGAGGCUAGACAGUUGCAAAUCAACCUUUGUUUUUUGUUUUUUGUUUUUUUUUUUUUUGUGUGUGUGUGUGUGUGUUACCCCAUGACAAAUUCAAAUUCUAUGCACUAAUAUUGGAUGCCUUCUUGUGUCUGUAUUGUAAUGUAACCAUCGUAUAAAUACUUUCAUUUACUUUUCCUUCCCAAACCACCCGUAGUGAAAGUGAUACAGGAGACUUGAAAAUGAAAAAAAUGCGUUUACCCAUGUACGUGUAGCCAAUUCAUACACACUGUUUUAAAUAUCUUCGUCAUAUGUAAUAGAGUAAAACUGAAUGCAUAGAUUAGAUUGACACCAAUAAGUACUGUGGAAACAAAUCUGGAUAAGAGAACAUACGGAUAGGUGCAAACGGGUUCAUCGAUCAAAGAUUAUCUCGCACUAAAUAACCAAAGCAAAGCCAUAUAGAACAAAUGUUUAGAUAGAUUUCAUUGAAAAGGCAUACAUUAAAUGUUCACAUUGUUGUGCAUUCGAAAGCAGAACAUUUAAUUAAAAGAUGAAACAAAAUCAACUCUAUUCCAGUUUGGAAGGAAGGAAUAUGUCUACUUAUUAACUCCCCAUAGCCAUCAAAAAUUCACCCUCACACACAACAUCACCUCCAACAAAUGCCUUCCCUUCCAUCUUUGCUAUUCCAAAUCGCUUUUGCAGCUUAGUAAGUGUCAUUCUCAUAACCAAGGUGUCUCCUGCAAUUACAGGCUUACGAAACCGCACUUUAUCUAUUCCAGCAAAGAAGAAGUUUUCACGAGAACCUCCUACUUCCGGUUGCAACAUGACCAAACCACCAACUUGUGCCAUUGCCUGCAGCAAAAGACAUUUAUGUCCACUUUUAAAUCAGAUUAUUACAACACAAAUCAUACAAGACUUUUCCCCCCUAUUCUUUACUUGCAUAGAUUCCAGAUUGACAUAGUUCCUGGCCAAAUGAAACUUAUACAAAGGUUUUUUGGCAUACUUACAGCUAAUUUAGAAAGUUAGAAACAACAAUUGUUCAUUUCAAUACAAAAGGUCUUUUAGAAGUUGGAACCUAAGCAGUACAGUUCAGUGAAUGUAAACAAGCCUGACCAUCUAACAAGUAAUCAUAAGUAAUUGUAUGCUGAUCCAAUCAAGAUGAAAGAAGAUACAAAUACCAGUUUUAUAUACAAGGGUCCAGGUUAGAUAAACUUCUGAACAAACACAAGAAAUAAAAAAUAAAAAUAAAAAUAAAAUAAGGAGGUAAAAUAAAAAAAAACUUCUCUCACAAGUUAAAAUCAACAUAGAUGCCUCGAGUUUUGAAGAAUACAAAUGAGAGAGCUUCCAAAAAUGUAGAGGUGCAAAAGUUGAUUUCAACUUAUGAGAGAAGUUUGAUUCAUUUACUUCCUAAUUUUCUUCUCCUGAAAAGUUUAUCCAAACUGAACCUAUAUUUGGGCUCUUGCAGAUGUUCUUAUCAGUUAUCACAUUUACAAUGGCAAAAUCUAAGCUAGACAGUAGACAGCACAUCUAGGGACAAACUGUCAUUUGAAUAUAAUGCACUCAACCCAGCAAAAUGCAUGCAUAUUAGUAUUUAGUACUACAAUUAAAUUUCAUUUCCUAUUAAAGUAAGAACUGCAGAUGCCAUAGAGGAGAUGUCUAUGUUUAACUCAAUAGGUAGAUAUGUCUAAGCUACAUAUAUGAUCUUGAUCAGGUAGAUAUUAGUUAUUGACAAGUAUCAGAAUCUAGCAUGGAACCAUGGAGGAACAUGCUCCUUUACAAAAGAAGAGCUAAAAGUAUUGCUACCUAAAACUACUACUUGAAAAAAAAAGAUCCAUGCAAACAUUCAAAAGCUAUGAAAACAGGCCAGGAAGGAUCAUGUUCUACACAUGGCCCCAACAACAUUAUUUAUGAACAAUUAAUACAUAUAUACAGCACCUGUGUACUUGACAGCUCUGGCUAAAAACAGGAGUCGGGGAGCAUGCCAAACAUGUAAACCAAGUCAAGAAUUUUUCACUUACAAAUCCCAAUUAGAACUCAUGGUCCAAGAACUACAAGAUCAUUUAAAAAUUCCUAUCCCAUGUGACUACAAAUAUUUCUCCUCUAGUUCAAGCCUUUUUUUACCCUUUGUCGGUUGACACAAAGCAUGCAUAAUAAAGAAGUUCAUUCUUUUAGCGCAUUUUCAAUUUAUGACAAAAUAUGUAAUAAAGAGAAUACAUAUAGGAAAAAACUUACAUUUACCAUAUCCAGUACUACAAGCAUGACUACACUGGCAAGGAGACAUAUAUGGUAACAGUGAGAUUAUAAUAAUAACAUUGUUUCUUUUUGUAGAAGAAAACAGUAAAAUUUACAGCUUCAUACAGCAAGCAAGAAGGUAUUAAAUGAUGAAAGACAUUGACUGCAACUUCUUCAAAUUUAUCACAAAUUAUCAUUCAUGUUUAGGCAAAUUAAUAGGCUCUCUCAUUUGCUGCUACUGUUAGACCUCUUUAACAGAUGGUGCACUUUUUAAUUUGCACAUUGGUCUAGUUGGAUAAACUUCUCAAUAAGGACUUAUAGGAGUCAAAUAGUAAGUAGUAAAAUGAAUUAAACUCCUCCCAUAAAUUAAAAAUAACUUAUGCUUCUCUAUUUGUUAAAAAGUUAUCGCAUUUUACUUCUCGGAAUCUUGAAGAGUAUAAAUUUUCAUUUAACUUAUGAAAAAAAUCUUAUUCAUUUUUUGUAUUAACUAUUUUUUUCCUAUAAGUACUUCUCUAGAAGUUAAUCCAAAUUGGAUUAUUGUCACUGCAAGCAAUCACACCAGCAUGAAUCAAUUAAGAGAGGUUUACUAGAACUAAGUUAAUUUAAUCUACUCUGUCAGUUGCCUGAUAUGAUUAUGCUUAAAUUUUUUUAAAGAAUCUCCACUCCAGCUGCAAAUAAACAAGCUUCACAAACAUAAAAGAGUCUAGGAUAAUUGCAACCAUGACACUUCAUGGUUUAAACAAAUGGAUAUAUUCAAGCAAAGCAAUAUAUAUGGACGAUAUAUCACAACCUUUAUACAACUAAAUUAAAGUCUAGACAUUGUAACAAAUGGAUAUUCCAUUUUGUUUGAUCCAAUAAACAGCUAACCACAGUGAAAAAACACAAGAAUUAUCAUCCCAUGUUUACAGAGAAGACAAGGGCAACAUAAUAAAUAAGGAAGAGGGAUAAGAAAAAGGUAAAGUUCAGUACCUCAA